AUGUUCUCCAAGUCCCUUUUUUCCGCUGUCGCUCUCGUCGUGCUCGUCACGGCCACGCCCUUGAAGAGGACGACGUGCAGCAACGGUAACACUGCCUCCGACGAGCGGUGCUGUGUGUGGUUCGACGUUCUCGACGACAUCCAGGAGAACCUCUUCGAAGGCAGCGUGUGCGAAGAGGAGGCCCACGAGUCUCUUCGCCUCACCUUCCACGACUGCAUCGCGUAUUCGCCGUCUCUCAUCGCCGCGGGCGAGGACGGCGGCGGAGGCUGCGACGGCUCUAUCAUGAAGUACUCCGAUGUCGAGACGGCCUUCGAUGCGUCGGUCGGUCUCGACGAGAUCGUGGCCAAGCAGCUCCCCUACGCCCUCAAGUACAACGUGUCCUUCGGAGACUUCAUCCAGUUCGCCGGCGCCGUCGGCGUCUCCAACUGCGGCGGUGGCCCCCGCCUCCAGUUCCUCACCGGCCGCUCCAACGAUUCGAACGUCUCCCCCGACGGGCUCAUCCCCCUCCCGGAAGACUCCGCCGACACCAUCAUUGCGCGUUUCGCGGACGUCGGUCUCAGCUCCGAUGAGAUCGUCGCCCUUCUCGCAUCGCACUCGGUCGCCGCCCAGGACCACAUCGAGCCCUCGAUCCAUGGCAGCCCCUUCGACUCGACCCCGUCCGACUUCGACGCGCAGUUCUUCGUCGAGACCCUCCUCAAGGGCGUGCUGAUGCCCGCGGCCCCCAACGUCACCACACUCGCUACGGGCGAGUCGCUGUCGCCGCUCCCCGGAGAGCUCCGCCUCACCUCCGACUUCGAGCUCGCUCGCGACAACCGCACGGCCUGCGAGUGGCAGUCGUUCGUGACGAGCCAGUCGCUCAUGAUGGACAAGUUCACGGCUGCGAUGAAGAAGAUGACGAUCCUCGGCAACGACGACUCCACGCUCGUCGACUGCUCCGAGGUCAUCCCCACCCCGGCCGCCGCCGCGUCCCAGACGGCGUACAUCCCCGCCGGCAAGAACCAGUCGGACAUCGAGGCGGCGUGCUCUGCGACUCCCUUCCCCACCCUCUCGGUCCAGGCUGGAGCCGAGAGCUCCAUUUCUCCCGUCCCCUCGUAA